AUGCGGCUUCAUUCACUCAUUCAACUCGCCGUGCCUCUAUUGGCGACCGCGGCUUCCGCUGCCGAAGGUCCCAUUGUUGACCUGAAGUAUGCGAAAUAUCAAGGCACAUUCAACUCAACCUCGAAUCUCAAUAUAUUCAGAGGACAUAACCCAUCCAUAUCAACCUCCAUGAUCUUACCUCAUCCUAGAAUCCGCUAUGCAGCCCCUCCAACAGGCGACCUCCGCUGGAAACUCCCCCAAGAACCAACAUCCAGCGGCACCAACUCAAACAACGACAGCCUGACCCCAGCCACAGCGAACCCGCCGCGAUGCCCAUGGGCUCGUCGCUCCCUCCACUUUGCCUUCGCCGGCGACGAGGACUGCCUCUUUUUAAAUGUCUUCGCCCCCGCCGGCGCAACAUCACAGCCCAACCCCUUUCCUGUGGUGGUAUGGAUUCACGGCGGCGGCUAUAGCCUAGACUCAGCUUCCUCCUUUGACUUUUCCUCGCAAAUCACGACGAAUAACAACACCUACGUGGCAGUUGUGAUCCAGUACCGUCUCGGGGCGUUUGGGUUCCUUUCCUCAGAGGAGCUCGUCAAGGGCGGAGGAGUGGCGAAUGCCGGGUUGUGGGACGUGGUUCACGCAUUACGGUGGGUGAAGACGCAUGUGAGCAAGUUUGGCGGCGACCCGAGAAAGGUGACUGUCGCGGGCCAGUCUGCUGGUGCGGGAGGGGCGUUAUUAUUGGCUGCAAGUGAUGAGGCUGUUGGGCUGUUUGAUGGUGUUAUUGCGAGUAGUCCGUACUUGACUACUCUGCCGAAACACGACGGCGCCAGACCGACGAGGGCAUACAAAAGCCUAGCAGAGCGCAUAGGCUGCUCCACAAACACCACCUCGCCAUCCCUCCUCUCCUGCCUCCAGAAAGCAGACUCCCUCACACUCCAGAACGCAAGUGACUGGGUAAGUACCCAAGGCCGCUACGGCCAAUGGGAAUGGCGGCCCGUCCUCGACGGCAAACUCGUCAGAGAGACCCUCGCGCAGGAGCUCUCACAAGGGAAAGCAGGCGUCAACGGGCGUAGAGUACUCACCAGCAACGUCGCGGAUGAAGGACCGUACUUCACGUGGCAGAACAUUACUACCCAGGCACAUUUUGUCUCGUUUGUGGAGAGUAACUUCCCCGCGCUCUCGGCGGGCAAUGUUUCCGAGGUGCUCGCGACCUACGCGCAGAAGCAUGAGGCUUUUCUUACUGCCAAUUCGAGGGAUGCGAAUAAUACGGACCCCGGGUUCAGCACCAACGGCCUUGAGUCGCCGUACGCGACUACGGUAUCGGACUACGCAACGGGCUGGCAGCAGGCUGCCAACAACUUCUACGCCGAGGCGACGUUUGUGUGCCCCUCGCACUGGCUUGCCAAUGCGUACGCCGCCAAGGAGGGGGCGAAAGCGUGGCGGUAUCAGUAUAGUGUGCCGCCUGCGUACCACGGCGUCGAUGUUGGUUCGGGGUCGGAUUUUGAUGUGUUGCUUGCGCCGGUUGAUACGCCUGGUACGGCGGUGACGAUGCCUUUGCGGCGGGCGCUGCAGAAUGCUUGGGGGCAGUUUAUUACUCGCGGGGAGGAAUUAGUUCUUGGCGAGGGCGGAGGCAACGCGACCGUGUGGCCGGCGUGGAAAGAGGGUGGGAGAGGAGUUGCCAAUAUGUUGAAUGCGAAUAUGACUGGUGGAGUGCCGGUUGGUAAGGUGACUUCAUUUGAUGGCAUGGUUAGUUUGAACAUUACUAGCUAUACUCCCGGCGAUGCCGAGAAUUCACCGCUGGAAGCCGUGUUGAAGAUUGUUGAUGGGGAUAAGUGGGAGGAUGGUCGAGGAGAGAGGUGUCGAUUGUUGGCGGAUCUGAGUGCUUGGCUUUUCGACUGAUGCAAUGCAGCAUACGCUGUGCAAAUCGGAUACCAACAUGGUCCUCACGUCUAGAAUCACUGAGGCUAAUGAAUGUGGCUUCAUCAGUCAUGAACUUGUCUGAGAGUUUCCUCGUCGUCUUAGUUCCAAAAGAUACUCGCCAGGAGAACCUCAGAGCGACUCGAUGCACAAGCAAACGACUAAAGUUUGGUCAUGGCUUCUUUCCCUCUUUCCGCUCCCAAAUGCUUGGAAAGUUGGAAGGCAAUCUGUUGUCCAAUGGGUCCAUCUCACCAUACUUGAGGCAGUUGAAGAGGGAGAGGUUCAUUGCUGGCGCGCAUGUUUCGGUUCGGUCGAUUACCCGAUUAGGCAAGGUUCCGGAUGGUCCCCUCGGCAUCUCGGCCCCGCGAAAUUGGCCAUUGAUUUUGUAUUUAAAGCGCU